AUUUCAGUUCCUCCAAAAAUAACUAAGGAGCCUGUAAAACAGUCAGAAGUAGACGUUGGACAAAACUUGAUGCUCUCGUGUAAAGCAGAUGGCGAUCCAACGCCAAAAAUCAUCUGGACCAAGGACGGAGUCCCUUUUAAACAAUUUACUUCUAGUGGUUCCGAUCUACAUCUCACAAAUGUACAGAGGGAGAAUGUUGGAUCCUACAGAUGUACAGCAACUAAUGCAUAUGGAAGUGCCACCAGUAUCGCCGUCGUUAACAUAAAUUGUAAGUAGCAAUUAAUAUCAGAUAAAAUCAUUUUUAGGGGUCGUAUAUGUGUGGAAAUAAUUUAAUAGGAGAAUCAUUCAUGUCUUGCAUUCAAACACCUUCUAGUGUUUAAAUCAGGUUAUGCAGUCACGAAAAAAUGUUUUCUAUUGCCAAAUCAAAUGUAAGCGGGACCAGAGUAAUGGCCACUUACAGGUAAUACACCUUGGUCUUCAACGCUGUGAACGGUAGAUUUGUUUACUUAAGUAGAUCUGAGUUAAGGCCUGAUUCUUUACAGAUUCCUCGGAAAUUUAAAGGGAGUGGUCUGAUGUAAAUUAACAAUUAAUGAAUAAGGCUGAGUAUCUUAUGAACAAUUAUGGAGAUCGAGGAGAGGAGGGUGUUACGGCCUCGACGGGUAACACCCUCCGAGAUCUCUCUCCAAAAUUCGUUAUAUGAUGCGAAAGUCGAAUUCAAUAAUUGUUUUAUUAUUCAUUCAAAAUAAUUGCUAGUUUAAGAACAGAGCUAAAACAUGCUUACCUCCAUCGAUGUUAAGUUCAUCUUGGAUAGUGCACGUUUAGGGUUGUUCAGCUCUGCAAAUAUUCUCCAAAUAGCAGAUGUCGCCCUUCAAGUUGUCCUCUUGCUGUUCUUGCCAUGUUUUAAACUAUUAUUUCUCCUAGUUCUUACUCUUGAAACAAGUGAAAUGUCUGCCAUUUUUGUUUUUCACAACCAAAACAAAUCACCCUCGUCCUCAGGUCUUCUCGGUUAAUAGUGCAUUAACCUGCAAGGAAGCUGCACUUUUGACAUAUCGGUUGAUUAAUCGCAAAAUUCUUCCAAAUUUGGUGAUCAGUAACUGGUUAUGGUGAAUUAUGCCUGUGCUUUUAGCCGACCAGAAUCAAGGAAAUAUUUUGAAUGAAUAAUAAGUUCUCUAAAGAUAUCCCAGGUCUAAUAAAUUAAGGCUAACCAUAACUAAGAAAUCUUCAAAUUACAUUUUAAAAAUUGUUUAUAACUGCAUCACGUGACAUGCCACACCCUGUUUUAUCGACAAAUCCUUUGGGUCAAAAUGCCCACUAUAUAGAAAACAAACCGUUUUCCUUUUGCAGGUCCAAACAGUGGCUAUUGAUAGUCUUUUUGUAAAAACGGUUGGAAUGAGCCGAAAUGAUUUAAAGUCUUUCUCCUAACGAAAAUUUUAGUUAGAGGAGAACUGGCACUAGUCAAUGAACACCAAUUGCACCUACAAAUUUUAAAGAUUCCAACCAUUAAGAGCAGAUUUCGUAGACACUUUGUAGGGUCAAAGUUUUGAUUAAAAGAAACUGGAGCUUCACGUUAAGCAAGUGAUGGGCAUCGUUGGUUGCAAUUUUCGAACAGAAGAGGGCGUGGUGGAUCACGUUACUUGGCAAUUUGGAUUUAUUUUUCAAUUUUUUUAAGGUUAGUUAACCUGGAGGAUGUCUUUAACCAUGGUUUUUGGAAAAUUUGCUUAAAAAUCACAAAUGAUUUAGAACCAGGCCAUGAUCAACAACCGUCUGAUCAACCCAGGCUUAUCCCUGUCUCUGUUAAUGACAGGUCCAUCAAACCACUGUCAAGUCCAAUAUGUUGCAAUAACAAUAUUAAGCGUGGAAUGGGACAUGGCAUUUGCAAAUAAUCGGUCAGUCGAGCAAGAGAUGUUUAAGGCGAAUUUGUCAUCAGCAGUAAGUUGUCGAUCGUAUGUGUGCUUUCUUUAUUUUAAUGUUUAAAUCAUGAUACUGUUAGUACGCUUUUUACUUCGGGCAGGGGAAAAUAACAACAUAAACUAUAACAUGAAUUUGGCCACUGUUUAAGCAUAUAAAGCUGGAAAAGACCGUUUAUACGGAGAAAAAUUGUCCCUGGUAGAAGGACCUCUGUCCUGCCCUUACCUGGGCCAACCAGCUUUUCUUACAUAGUGUCCAGGCCACCCCUUUCUGAAUUUUCUCGAUCCGCCCGCCCCUGCGUCCUGACUUCCUAAUUUGAGAAAAUUUGACCUGAAUCCGACGGAUGCCGUUUGCCGACUACUGCCUUCCACUCAGACGUUCUUGGGGUUCGUCACGCGUUCCUGCCUCACGAACGUCUGCUAAAACUAGUGGUUAAAAAAAAUUCCUUUCCUUUUCGCAAAUAUUAACUGGAGCUCAAGUGCAGAUUAUCAGAGAACCAAUCGGCGCUGUUGGAGUCAAAUUGUUGACAAGCCAAACAUGACGCACAAGCUCGGUAGAGUGUGAUACGUGACUAAAGAAUUUUGCUCCGGAACAAAAAUUUAGGAGAUAAGGGUUAGCUUUUUGUAAAUUUCUGUCUUCAUGUAAACACUGGAUCAGAUGCUAUUCCCCAAAAAUGUUUUCUUUUGGAGAGGCAAAGGUGGGAUUGGUACGUUGUAACUGAACAAGAGGCAAUUUUAUUUUCGUAGUUUAUUGUUAUGUAGCCUCCGUUCAGCAGUUUUAACCCUGCGAGGUAAUUUUUUUCAAUGAGAUUGUGAGGUUAACCUUUAGUAUGAAAACGUAUGAGUUAACUCAUAAGAAUAGUUUGUUUUAAAAAUGUGAGAUGAGACAUUCUGAUCUUUCUUGGAGUCUCGCGACAUUUCGCAAGGUCCAAAGUGUACUUCCCAGAUCUGGAAGUGUGCUGUGAUUGGUCUACGUUUUUUUCCCGCUCGUUUCAGCGGACGUUCGCUGGGAAGGGUUGCGUGACAAGCCAAAAGAACGUCUGCCGGAGAGGCUAUUGCCAGGCGUAAACUUUAUUCUAAAUAGAAAGGUCGCUGCAAAGAUUUAAAAAAAGAAUAACGGCAAAGGCCUAAGGACCUACUUAGUGAUACAGUUUUAAUAGUAUUAGUCCCAAAUUAACUUCCAGCCCAGGUUCCUGAGAAUGGUUAUCACCAAUGCAGUUUGAUUAUCAAUGUCUAAUCUCAAGGCUUUUGUUCAAUAGAUCUCACGUCUCUACAGCAUGCCUCACAAUGCUGAAAAGCAGCUCUUUAAACUGACUGUUGUAACAUUUAGGUAACUAUCCACACUUUUUGUCUCAUAUUAACAUGUAUGUAUAUUUCCCAUACUUUUCUGCAAGCAUUUCUUAUGAAGACUUGUUAAAAUAUAUAUUUUUUUCACAUAAUAUUUAGUUUAAAAGCAGUUAUUUUAUGAGGAAAAUUCUGGGUGAUAAAACGCGUUAAGAACAAAAAAUACCGAAGGAGAAAUCCCUUUAUUUUAAUACUCUUUUUCCAUACUCUCAUUAGCUGCGCAUGCUCCACUUAAGGUUCUGGGUAUUGUUUCGUAUGAAUUUUACAGCGACUGCCGUAUUUACUGCCAUUAUGUCUCAAUUCGGUCUCAAUGGAGUUCGAUACACUGGUCGCUGCAACAACUUCGUAUGUCUUAAAUCUUGAUUAAUGUUCUCGUUAUUUUCAUUUUAGGCGAAGAAGUAGCACAUGCAUGGCUGUUAUACAGCUUCAAUUCCAAAAAGACGUAGGCGAUCCGUUAAAGCCUCUCAGAGAUGACAUAUCGGAUGGAUAUUUUGGGAUGUUCAAAGUUGAAAGGCAAUUGGAUCUUAAUCCAAGUAUGUUUGAUCCACUCACUAUUUUCGGUUUGUUCACUCGAAACAUUUUGGACAUAAAUCAAAUGUACAUUUGGCGAAGUGUUUCCUUUCUACACAUAAAACUGAUAGCAAAAAAGGUUUCAAAACAACGACUUUUGAAACACUAAUUUGAGGAGGUACAACCAUGACAAGUUUUAUGAAAUUGCAUGAAUUGCUUUCACAUCCAUUCUUACUAUCCUUAGAGCUACUUUGUGAAAAGAAAAGUACACAACAUCGACAACAUAGCGAAAAAAGCUAAAUUUUUCGUAAAAUUAAAUCCUUUAUACACUUUCUAUAUAUCUAUAUUGUUCGCCAGACUAAGCAACAAUGCAAUUUCUAGCAUUGGCAGUCAUGUAUAAAUAAAUAAAUAAAUAAAUAAAUAAAUAAAUAAACAAAUAAAUAAAUAAGGGUAUCAGUUGUUAUUUUUUAGAUCUUUGGUUACAACUUUUGUCUCCCUUCUCUUAACCUCAGACUGAUAUAACUUUUAAAUUUUGUUUCUUCUAGUUCCUACUACAAGCUCACGCCCUACUUCCUCACGUGCUGAAUCCAAACAUAUACAGAGAAGAGGCAUUGUUGGAGAAAUAAUUUUGAUUCUUCUUUUUCAGCUGUUUCAGUUGUUUCUACCCGAGUUAUAG